AUGACUGCAAGACUUGUUGGUCCACAAGAGCCCCUAAUGGCAACCGUUAAACGACGAAAGCUAGCUUGGUUUGGACACGUCACCAGCAACUUUACCAGAUUAAACCCUGAGGUGCAGCAGACUAACAACAGGCACCCCCUCUCAGCUGGUACCAAGCUGUCAAUCACCUUGAGACAUCUGGCCACUGGGGACAACUACAGAUCACUGGCAUAUGGAUUCAGAUGUGGUAUCUCCACCAUAUCAGAGCGGAUUCCAGAAGUGUGCACAGCCACUGUACAGUUGUAUAAAGAUGAGGUUUUCAACGCACCUAUAACCACUGAAGCACGGAGACACCUUUCCCAUCAGUUUGAACAGAGGUGGAAUGUCCCCCAUUCAUUUGGUACCUUUGAUGGAAAGCACAUUGCCAUCAAGAAGCAAGCAAACACAGGCAGUUUCUACCGCAACUACAAGGGGUUCUUCUCCAUACCAAUGCUGGCCCUUGUAGAUGCAGAAUACAAGUUCAUCUGGAUUGAGCUGGGAAGUUAA